AAAAAACUAACCCACGUGCGUAUCUGUUUUGAGAAAUAAGCAGUGGUAUGAAAUAAGAAAAUGGGAAAAUUCAGAUCUAAACUAAAGGGGAAAUCAAAAGGGAAAAGAUGGCAGAAGGGUCAGUCAUCAAAUUCAAAUCCCAAAAUUCAAAAAUACAGAGAAAUGGCAAAAUCCCGGUUUUUUCAAGAGAAUUUGAGCAAUUCUAAUUUAACACAACAAGCCGUUCACAAACACGAUGCCAUGAUGAUAUACGGACACAGCACUGGCAAGAAGAAGUCUGACGCAGAGAAUGAGUUGAGUAUCGCUAAGGAGCUGGAGAACAUGUCUGUUAGAGGAGACAAUGCCAAGACAGAGGAUGACGGCUCGGACACAGAGUAUUCGGGAUCUAUGAAAUCUGGAACAUAUAAAACUUUUCAAACCUUUGCAUCUGAUUGGAGUCAAUGCUCGAAUGUCAGUUUUAGCAAAUUGUUAACAAGAUUUGACUCGAACAAUGCAGUACACAAGGACAUGUUGGCUGUCCUGGCAGCUGUCACGGAGGUAAUAAAGGAGGAAGGUGGGAAAGAGUCCACUACUGAAUACUUUGCUGCUUUGAUGCAAACUCUUAAAUCAUCCGAAGACGAUGAAAGUAUAGUACCGACGCUGUCGCUAUUGUCCAUGGGCAUCAAAUCCGUUCCUCAAGCGGUACUAAGAAAGCAGUUUUCUGACUCUGCAACAAUAUUCACUGAAAUAUUAGAAAGAAAUGCUCAAUCAGAAAAUGGAACGCUAUUGAGAAGUGCCAUCGGAUGCCUGUCUGUUUUAUUAAGAGCUCAGGAAUAUGCAUUAUGGGGGGAUUCUUCUACUUUAAGGAUCUUCGAAUCUCUAUUAGCAUUUGCAUUACAUUCAAAACCCAAGGUCCGUAAAGCAGCUCAACAUGCAGUCACGGCUGUGUUAAGAGGAAGUUGUUUUAUGAUUUCAUCCGAUAAUGAGAAAAAUAAGGUUCCCAAACUACAUCCAGCGUCCAACCGUGUCGCCGAAUUCUGUUUGUCUCAAAUCAAAGCGGAGGCCCUACUAUCCGGACAUCGCACGGUUUUACACACACUGACAAUGCUCCGUGACGUUUUGCCUGUCUUCAGCAAAGAUAAUAUUAAGGCGAGCUGCGAGGCGAUCUUGUCGCUGAUGACGCACAACAACGUGUACAUCAAGACGUGCUGCCUGCACACGCUGCACGCGCUGGUGAGCGCGCCCGCCGCCGCCAGCAACCUGUGCGCCGCGCUGGCCGUGCGCCUCGCGCGCGCGCUGCUGGCCGCGCGCCCGCCCGCCGCCGACACGGCGCUGGUGCUGGCCUGGGCCGCCGUGCUGCACCAGGCCUACGCCUGCCUCGCCGGCCUGGAUUUGAACUUGUGCAUACCAAAUUUACCUCAGUUUGUGAACAUCUGCGUCUCGGAGCUCUGGCUUUCCGACGUUGCUGAUGUAAAUUCCGCAUCUACCAACGCCUUGAAAGUCGUGCUCUUAGAUUGCGUGAAGCCAGCGAUAGAAUCAGAUGAAUGUUUGAUCAAAAAUAAGGCGCACAUCGACGCCAUAUUCAAGACGAUAGGUACCGGCCUGGACAACCCCUUCAAUCAAGCCAUCAAGCACGUCAUACUUACUAUCGCUGUUUGUUUUGAGAUAGGUAACGAAAAAGUUGAAUACGUAAUGGCGCCUUUGCUAAAGAAAUUGAACGAUCGACGCGAGAGUCAUAACUUUCACAACGAGAAAGAGGCCGAAUAUGCCACUGGAUCGGCCAUAAAAUCCCUCGGACCGGAAUUCGUAUUGAAAAUAAUUCCACUGAGAGACGGAGAGAGCAUCAAUUUAGACAGAAGUUGGCUGUUGCCAGUUUUGAAAGAGAAAAUCACUAAUUCGUAUUUGAAAUAUUUCGCAACGGAAAUCCUAGAAAUGGCGACGUUUUGCAGGAAAAAAUCCCGUGAAUAUGCAGCGUCUAAAGACACGGCACAGUCGCAUACUUACGAUUUAUUGUGCAAUCAACUGUGGGCCUUAUUGCCGAGCUUCUGCAACAACCCUAAGGAUAUCAAAGAUAACUUCAAAGCCUUAGCCAGAGUACUCGGGAACGUAUUGAAGGACAAUGCCGAAUUUCGCCUCUCGGUCAUGCAGGCUUUAAGGAAGCUUAUCGCUUGCUCUGACGAUAAUGAAGAGGAUAAAAUGGAACUAGCGAGAUUUGCAAAGAACUAUUUGCCAAUAUUACUUAAUAUAUAUAUGUCGCCGGCGAAGGGCAGUACUGCUGAGGGACAGAGAUUGGCCGCAUUGGAAACCAUACAGGUGUACCUAACGAUAAGCGAGCAGAGUUUAAGAGAAGAGCUGUUCACCAACGCUUUACAACAAUUAGAAGCGUCAGCCGACAAUCAUUUCCAGAGAGAAUCAAUUCUAGACGUCAUACGCCUUCUAGUACUCUACCAAAGCAGCGAACAGAUUGCAAAUCUCUUCGACAAAUGGGUGUUCCCGCUUUGCGAAACAGUUUUAGAAGAUCCCAAAAAGUUUAGGAAAUCCAAGAAAGAUAGAAUGGAAACGAAUGAUUCAAAUACAGAUAAUAAAAAUGAUAAAAAAGCUCAAUUGAGGUAUAAAGACAAAGCGAAACUUCUAGAAAUGGAACACAAGAAAGCGUAUCGAAUAUUAGAGGAAAUAUUUAAAUCUGAGAAAGAUAGCUGUAGAGAGUACUUGACGAAUAAUUACAAGAAGAUCAAGAAAUUGUUGAUGUCCUCACUCAGUAAGGUCGCUGAUAGCAGUAAAGCUUCGAGAUUGAGAUGUAUAGAAUACUUAAUCAACUCGUCGCCGAAUCUGAACUCUGACAGCAAGCUAAUAAAGAGCGCCAUUGCGGAAUCCGUCAUAUGUACGAGAGAUAUCAACUCGAAGUGCAGACAGUGCGCUUUCAGUCUCAUCAACACGAUUGGGCAUGUUCUGAAAACUCAAGAAGGAGGUAUGCAGGCGUACACGGCGCUGCUGCUGUCGGGGCUGUCGGCGCCGCUGCCGCGCAUCAGCAGCGCCACGCUGCGCGCCGUCGCCUCCGCGCUGUUCACGUUCAGCGAAGACAUGGAGCUCGACCUGGUGCACGGCCUGCUGGAGAAGGUCGCCGAGCAGAUGUUGACGAACAACCGGGAGAUAGUCUCCGCUGCGAUGAGCUUCCUUAAGGUAUACACAAAAGUUUUACCGACCGACGUGCUAGCAGGCAGUCUGCCUCUCAUCUUCAAAACUCUAUCAUCGAUGUCCGAUGACUGCAAGCGACAUUCGCGUCUAGAAAUCGGAUACUUCCUGACACGGAUGACGAGGAAAUAUGGCGCGGAAUUUAUUGAGAAACUAAUUCCUGAACGAGACGAGGUCAUGCUCAGGAGGUUACGGAAUAUACGGAAGAUGGACAAUCGGAGGAAGAGGAUGAAGGAGGGAGAGAGAGAACAAGACAAUGAUACCGGAUCUGACAUAGACAUCAGGGGCACUUCUAAAACCCUGGAAGACAUUCUCAAAGACUCGGACUCCGAGAUGGAGUUCUUGGAAGAGGAAGAACGACCAAGGGUCAAAGCUAAAUCCAAGAAGGGUAAAAACCAGGCCUGGAUUGAAGAUGAUCCGGAAAAUAUUGUGGAUUUGGCUGAUGUAUCCUCCUCCAGGAAGAUCACAGCAACCGAUCCGACACAGAAGAAGCGUGUCAUAGAAGAAAAGAAAAAAAAGAAAGACGGUGGAUUCAAAACAGCUCCUGAUGGUCGUUUACUCAUCACCGACGAUGUCUCCGACGAUGAUGAUGAUGACAAUGACCCUCGACCCAGCGGGGACAUCGACAGUGACACAGAUGAUACGGAUAAUGAAGGUGAAUCAUCGAAACCAUCGAAAUUAUUAAAACCGGGAGUCAAACGUCGCUACGACGACAUACUGAGUAUAAAGAGCGGUCGCACCAACAGAAGCCGCGCGUCGACGGCCACCGUCGCGUCUAAAUACAAAGCCGGCGGAAAGGGUAUACACAGACCCCUCGGUUCAGCAGCGUCCGUAGCGUCAACAGUUGGUACAGAAUACAAAUCGAAGAAAGCGAAGGGCGAUGUAAAGAAGAAAGGGAAACCUGACCCGUACGCUUACCUGCCAUUAUCGAGGAAGAAUCUUAAUAAAAGGACAAAGGCUGCUACGUCGAGACAAUUCAAAGGGAUAGUAAAAUCAAAAACAAAAAACAUCAGAAUGUCGAAAAAGAAUAAACAGUAGAAAUAUUUAUGCCUCAUUAUAGAUUUAUAAAAAAAAUAAUUAAGUAUACUAUAAUAUAUUCCAAUAACAAGAGUUAUGAUAAACAAACAUCAUAGUUCUGCUAUAUUAUGACUCCACUCCUUAAAUAUUUUAUAUAUAUAUAUAUAUAUAUAUAUAUAACAACUUUGCCGACAUACAAAACGCCAUUUUUUAUGAAACCAUGUUAAGUACCACAGACAAUAUAAUGGAACGUCAAUUCAAGGUCAAAUUUGUUUAUUUAUCUCAACUCGUAUUGGAAUAAGCUAUACAUAUGUAUGCUAACAUCUUUCGUAUGAUAUAUUUCGCUAGUGAUUUAAAUAUAAUAAAAUAUAUAAAUAAACAA